UCUUGAGUGGGCGCUGCGCGUGAAUAGUGCGGAGGCGCAAAGUGAACGUGAGGAGGAUGGAGAGAGCGCCAUGGUAGUCAGCAGGGACGGAGACAUCUUCUCCUGUGUCUUCGAUCAGUCGUCCUGUCCCAUGCUCCGGUUCUUUCAGAAUGGGAAGGAGUUGGAGAAGCAGGCCAUCAAUCGAGUACGAGGUCUGGUGUUCCCGGCCCUCGAGCUAUUCGGGGAUGGGGUGGAGCUUUCUUUCUUGUUCCACGAAAGCGAGUGGUCUUACCCGCCCCCUUCCAGUCGGUACAUGAUGA